CGCGUGGCCGCUGUUGCUAAGCGCCACCGGAAGUAGCAGAAUGUUUACACGUUUUUGUUCUUUUGAAAACGGGCUGAAUAAAACAAGUAGGUCGGUUUUGUGUAUUAGUGUAUUAACAGACUCGCACAUCGCUUUCUGCUUGUAACUAGCUUUGGAGAUAAUGUUUAAAACGUGUGUCUGGCGUUUCAUAGCCUAAAGAAAAGGGUUAUUAUACAGAUGUUUCUGUACCUGUUCAUUACAGUAUUAAUAUCAGCGCAUCUCUGUUAAAAAUGCCUCUUUUUGGCAACACAUUCAGUCCCAAGAAGACGCCACCCAGAAAAUCAGCAUCUCUCUCUAACCUUCGUACAUUAGAUCGAUCCACACGGGAGAUUGAGUUAGGCCUGGAAUAUGGAGCCCCUGUAAUGAAUAUUGGAGGACAGAGCUUGAAAUUUGAAGACGGGCAGUGGAUUACAGAGUCAGGAGCUAAUGCAUCCAGCAAGGAGGUGCAGAAAUUGAAGAAGAGGAAUCUGCAAUUAGAAGAAGAAAACACCCUUCUAAAACUUAAGAUUGAACUUCUGUUAGAUAUGCUUUCAGAAACCACAGCUGAGUCACAUCUAAUGCAGAAAGAGUUAGACAACAUGAAGAAUCACUACAAACAAAAGAAGUGAUGGGAAGCAUGGAUUUUAGAUGAUUGGGUUUUAAUUAUAAGACUUCAAUUCUUGUGAACUUGUAAAAUUGUGUAUUAAAAACCAAGACUAUUUCAUGAAACUGUGCUAUGAUGUUUGUCUAAAACGUUUUUCCUUUCAUCAUUGUAUAAACAAUGAAAUUAUUUUCUUACUGAAGUAAUUGUUUGCUGUGGAUGUUUUUCAGUGCUAGGAUAAACGGAAAUAAAAUAUUAGAGUCUGACAUUGGAGAACUGAAAGAAGUUAUGGUAAAAUAUGAAAGAAGGAUUACAAAAAGAGCCGAGAGCUAAGAGGCAUAUCAGAAUAACAGCUAUUACCAUUACAUAGCAACCAAAAAGCCAGAGUAUGAGUAGUAUACUGAAGUUUAAAAUUGUGGUAAAAUAAUCUCUUUCCUGAGUACACUACUGUACUGUUUUAUCAGCUUUUAAGAAAAGCAGAUUACUGGGGUUGUGUGUGUUCUAAAAUGUGCACACAGAUUUGUGGGGAUUGUUGUAUGUGGUAUGAAGCACGUACAGUACUGGUGAAAAGAUUGCUUUUUUUAAAGGAUUUGUAUUGCAUUAGUUCUAAAAAUGAAUACAAUGUUGUCAUGUUGUAUUUGAGGAAAUGUUAUUUUUAAUUGCUUCUUGCAUGACAGGCAGACUGUAACCAUACUGUACAUCACUGCAGCCAGGAACAGCUAACUAGCUUGUUAUCUAGAUUAAAUUUAUUAUCAGUAGAAACAAAUAAACAGAGAUUGUUCUUUUCUGUGGUUAUAAGUAGGCUGAUUUAUAGAAUUCAAGAGAAGGGAAGCUGUUUGUGCAACAGUUUUUACCUUUAGUUACAUUAGCAAUUAUUAGCAAUGACAUGUAUGUAAUUAAACAGGUUGUACAUCUCUUUAUA